CUCCCUUACUUCUCUCAAAAAAACACACUCCCUUGCUUUAUUUACAACUUAGAAAGCAGCUAAGAAACAAGAUUGAAUCAGAAAAUGGCCUCCACCACCAACAUUGUUCAUGUCCUCACCUUACUAGUAAUAAUAACCGCUUCAAUGUUUACAGUUACUGUUGCAAACAAAGACUGGCCCUCUUUUGGCAAUUUCAACUAUACUGAUUGGUGGUCCAGAUUUGGAAACCAUCAUCGUCAAAUAAAUAAGACAGAACAACAACCUAAGAAGAUCAUUGUUGGUGGCUCUCAAAAUUGGCACUUUGGCUAUAACUACUCUGAUUGGGCUAUCAAGAAUGGUCCUUUUUACCUCAAUGAUACCCUCGUUUUCAAGUAUGAUGCUCCAAAUGCAACAAGUUUCCCACACAGUGUAUACAUGUUUCCAACUUGGCAGAGCUUCAUGAAAUGUGAUGUGAAGAAGGCUAAGAUGGUGGCAAAUCACACACAAGGUGUUGGAGAGGGAUUCAAGUUCGUGUUAAACAAAUGGAAGCCUUAUUACUUUUCAUGUGGUGAGAAAAAUGGAUUACAUUGCAACGUUGGACAAAUGAAGUUUACGGUUAUGCCAAUGCUUCGUCCUUUCUUGCCAUCAUGGCCUUGAAAAAAAAAUGUUCAUUACCAACAACUUGCCCUAAGCUAGCUAGCUUUUGGAAAAUUGGAAUUGCUGGCUUCAACUUCUGAAUGUUAUAGUUUUCUUUUAAUUUUCAAUAUAUGUUCCAUUAAAUUAAAAUAAAUCGAGUUUUCUUAUUCUUGUAUCCUGAUUUAACAUAUUAAUGUGCCAAAAAGUUAUAAAUCGGUAGAUAUAAUUUUUAAUUUGUA